UAGAAAUCCGAGCAGCAUAUUCCAAAGACCCAAAUAAGAAGAUGAUAUUCCAAAGACAUACCAGUUUCAGUUCUGUGUCACACCCCACAUUAAUUGAAUACUUCUAUACUUCAACGGCAUAGGCUUAGAGUUUCGCCGUUGGAUUUGUAAAGUCUCCUUAGCAACCUAGCAGCCUGGCAGCCUGCAUCAGACAAAGCCGGAUUUAGCGGAAACACCAAAUAUAGUUCUACUCCUCAUGUCGGCCAAUACUUUCCGCAGCCUGGUGCCGCAGUCUAUAAGAAUCCCCUCUGUCCGUCUCUCAUCUUGGUCUUAUCUACGACAAUAUAACAACACCACAACAUUAUAUACAUUAUACCACAAAAAGCCCUUCUCCACAUCACGCACAACUGCACAGAAGCCACCUACGUCAACACAAGAGCAGCUAGAUCCCGAAAUGUCUGAACCAACCGGUCUCAUCGCCAAGAGUGGCAUUGAGCUCUUAACCUUUGGGACACCCAAUGGCCACAAAGUGUCCAUCAUUCUUGAGGAGCUCAAGGCUGCCUAUGGCAAGGAGUACACAUGGCAAUCCAUCAAUAUCAUGAAGAACACGCAGAAGGAGCCGUGGUUUACGGCAAUUAACCCCAACGGUCGUAUCCCGGCCAUCGUCGACCAUGACAGGAACGACUUUGCCGUCUUUGAAGGUCUUCCGAUUCUCACUUACCUGACGCGUCACUACGACCCCGAAAACAAAUUCAGCUUCCCUGUAGAGAGUGACGACUACAGUGUCGCUGAGCAGUGGAUGGCCUGGCAGCACGGUGGCGUUGGUCCGAUGCAAGGCCAAGCAAACCACUUCUUCCGUUUCGCGAAGGAGAAGAUCCCGUAUGCCACACAACGAUAUGUCGGCGAAUCAGAGCGUCUCUACGGCAUCCUAGACAAGCGGCUCGAGGGACGCGACUACAUCGUCGGUCCCGGGAAGGGCAAGUACAGCAUCGCCGACAUCAACAUAUUCGGCUGGGCCAACAUGUUGAUUCUCAGCGGCAUUGACAUCAGCCGGUUCCCCAACAUCCAGAAGUGGCUCGACCGCAUCAACGAACGUCCCGCUGUGAAGAAGGGACUCGCGAUACCGCAGGAGAGCUCUUUUACCAACGCCGCUUACCUAAAGACUUUGGCGACCGACCCGGAGAAGAAGGCGCAAGCUGAGGAGUCGGACAAGUACUUGAAGGAGGCGCAGGAGAAGUACGGGUAUAAGUACACCACUCCUUAAAGUGAGAUAGAAGGGAAUAUAUGUGUCUUGGCAGCGUGUACCCUGUUGGUAUAUAUCUGGGAUCUAGGUAUGCAUUAUUUACCUAACAUUGGCUAGAACGUUGGCAUAAGAUUAUGAAAUAAUAAAUCAAGAUCAAGUACACCAAACCCCUGAACGUCGCUUAGAAUAGUGUUGUGAAGGAUCACGAUACUUUUUUAGCCUCAGGACAGGACUAGGUAAAUGAUUGUGUCGGCUAGAAGCCUCCCAAUUACAGAGUAUACAGCUGCCGCGUUCGCUUCCCACAGGUGGAAAUUGUCUAGCUUCGGAGUGAAUUUUCCCGGAUCGUCGACCGUGCCAUCCCCAAUUCCCCCAAGGUCCCCGCAAUUUUACCCUAG